AUGAGACCAUGGCUACUGGCUGCCGCGCUCGCAGUUGCUUGGGCCGACUGGAAGUGCACCGUCCAGGAGCAAAACCGCUGUGUCAUCAAUGCUUCGGCGGUGGUCAGCGGACCACUCGUAUUUGACGGCAACGUGCUGGUGACACAUCAAGCUACAGUGCGCUCUGAUGCAAGCUUCAGCAUAGAAGCGUCUGGAAACAUCACAGUGGAGAUGGGGUCCACGCUGCAAGCCCAAGGAGACCUUUUGCUGAACGCAACCACCAUUCACAUUGUUGGCUCCUCUACCUCUGCAGCAGGGUCGCUUUCGAUCCUCAGCAGGGCGGCGUACCAGCAAGGUGGUGUCGGAAACAAGAGCCUGCAGGCGACCUUCAAGGCUCGCGACGAAAACAGCGACCCCGGCGUCUUGGUUGUGGACGCAGCGCUACAAGGUGGCAACAUCCAAGUGAACUGCAACCAGAGCAAGAUAUGUCUCCAGGGUGCAAACAAUUUGUCGGUGACCGACCCCACGCAGUCGUUGCAGAUGAGUGGCAAAGCGGUCUCCGUCGACUGCAGCAACUCAACUCUGUCGGCAGCGAGGAUCACACUUGUGGCGGAGAAGGAUCUGGCCUUGGAUGCCGCCAUCCCAGGCUUCAAGAAGAGUGACGGCAAGGGAGGUCAGAAGCCCACGCAGCUGGACGUCACUACCCAAGGCCACAUGCUGAUCGGAAGCCAAAGCUUUACCUGGACCUUGGAGAGGCUGCGUGCGUCUGCUGGUACCAUGGUCAUUGCGUCCAGCAGCCGCAUCCAAACGGUGGGCUACUCGACCUGCAAACACACCGCAGACAGCGCAGGAGCAAGGGAUCGCUGCUUUCCGGCUUGGUCCACGUGGCCGGGAUCCUGGCCGGACUCCGUGGACGAUCCCUACGUUUCCUUCGACCUGGUGCUCCUUGCACGCACCUCCUUGAAUCUGUCGAGCCAUGCCAUGCUGUCAGGUGCAUCAUCAAUCCUUUGCGUGGCGGCUGGGGAGCUUCGCUUCGAAGAACACAACAUUGUGGAUGUCUCGGGCCGUGGUUGCGCGGCUGGUCUUGGACGGGCGCCUGGUAUCACGGUCCGGUCCAGUCCUGCCUCUGGUGGAGCCUACCUGGCAGGUGGAGGUACUCAUUUGGGCAAGGGAGGCUGUGGCGGUACCUUCGACACGCACAACGUGCUGCCAGAUGCCUCCACGGUCAGCGGGCCACCCUACGAUCUCUACGAUCAGCUCUUCCUGCCGACAGAGGGUGCCUCCGGCGGUGCAUCUGGCCACCUGGGACCCGACACCAAGGAAGGGACUUCUGUCAACACCCUAGCUGGAAAUGCAGCUGGGGGUGGGCUGAUCUGGUUGUCCGCUUCGAGUGCCUCCGGGAGCGUCUCCUUUGGCAACUGGGUUGUCUUAAGGGCCGAAGGCUACCCCGGUGGGGUCGUCAGCAAGCAUGUGGCUGCGGGUGGGGCUGGUGGACAAAUCCUGAUCUUCGCAACCAAGAUAGCCACCGCGGACGAGGCUCCCGUGGUCAGCGUCGCAGGAGGCGCCGGCGCUUGCUCUGCCAGCGCAAACGUGCUAAGCGGUGGAGGUGGUGGUGGAUUCGUGGGGUUCAAUUGGACGGCAACCUCACCGUUUCCGUCACAUGGCGAGUUGGUAGUGGAUGUGGCUGGUGGUUUGAUGGGCAAUGACGGAUCUGGCACAAACUGCUCCUGGGUGGUGCCGAACGGUCAUGGUCUCAGAGAGACUUAUGGCCACGAAGGUCAGGCCAUGCCUCUGCGAGGCUGCAGCGCCGGCUAUGCAGGCCUUUUCUGUGACCCUUGCGAUGCCGGGUUUUGGAGCUCGGGGGGCCUCAGUGGCUGUCAGGCUUGCACAAACAAGCCUCCGAAUGGCAACUACACCAAGUCGAAGUGGCCCAACCCGAACUGUCCAUACUCGUGUGGUGUGGGGGUUCCGAACCGCAAGAGCAAUCCUGGGUGCCUGGAUCCUAUGGCCUACGCUCUCAGUUUCUUCGGUGGUGCCAAAGGAGUGCUUGCUAUCGUAAUCGCAAUUGUGACAAGCGCUGCCAUGCUCUUGUGGCGUCGACGAAAGUCGGGCGGCUUGUCACGCCCCUUGCUGGGUUUUGAUGGGCCUCCAGGAUCCUUCUCCCACUCCGGAGUGCGCACUCGGCGCGAAGACGGCCAAAGUGGCAGCUUCUCUUUGUCCUGGGCUUCCUGCUUCUGGCGAUACUGUAGUCGCCGGCGCAGCUUGAGUGAUGGUGAACCUGCGCAGACGAGAGUCGUGCAGGUGCGGCACACAUCGGAGUUUCAGAUGUCUCAGGAACAGCUGCCCUUCCACACCGGCAGGAUCUAUCUCCAGGGCGAGAACGCCGGAAAGUCUCCUUGGUUCUUGAAGCUACAGGUGCCGGCAGCUUUGGAUGACAUGGUCAUCAGGGAGAAGUGGGAGCAGCUGGCGAGGUUGGUGAACAACGCAGCAAACAUCCCCAAGUUCCAGUCACGUACGGAGCGCAUUCUGCAGUAUCUCUACCCGCCCGCAGCUCCGCUCUUUGCCAAGUUCUGCAGAUGCAGGCGUGCACGGACGAUAUUGCCACUGGUGCGGGAGUUCUGCGAAGCAGAAAGGCUAUGGAGACCCAUUCGUCAAGCAGGUGGUGAGUUGCACCUGCGAUUUGGAUGCAAUCGGAAAGCCACCCUGGCGUAUUUGGACGUCUUCGACUUCGCGAGAUCGCCCAUGGACUUUGCUCCUGUGAACUUGAGGAAAGAGGCUUGGCUAAUUCCGGUCCAAGGCCAGGGCACUUUUGAGGAGCCCUACGAGGUGGACAUGAGUGAUCCGGUGUUGCAGCGACUGGAGCAUACUGACCAUGGUCCCACGGCAAUUCUCUCAGUUCUCUCAACCUUCAACCGCAUCGCCCGCCGACUUUUCAAGGAUGAGCUGCAGAAUCUGCAGAACUCCGAUGGCGAAGAUCCUUUACAGCAACUGCACGAGAAGGUAGAGCAGUGUGCCUCGCAGUGUGGGUUGGGAGGAUUUGUCCAAGUUCUGGCGAUUUGGCAGAGAGAGAAGUUCCGAGGCGUCGAUACACUCAGCCGUAUGGAGGAUUCGGUGGCUGCGAGCGUUGUGAGAUCCAGCGAGCCUCAGGGAGCCAACUCUUUCAUGGACCUUCCUGUCGGUCCAGAGGUGACACAAGGUGAGCGGCCAUCUCCUCGGACGCGGCGAGAGCUCCGACUCUGCUUGGUCUUUACCGAGUUCUCCCUUCUUGCAAGUGCCAGCAGCAGCGACCUCGUGUCACUUGCGAGCCCUGCAGCAGCCCAGCCGACUUCCAAAGUUCUGACGACGCCGAUCGCUCCAGAGGCGCUGAACGAAGCCCUGAGGAGCUCUGCUUUGGCAGUAGGCGAAGAGUCCUCGAAUCCCCUGGUUACUGCUGACACCAGCGGUGGCUGGAGUCUGAAAAGGCCAUUGCUUCGAUGGGGAUACUCCGGGUCUGAGCAGACUGCUGCGAGAACUCUGGUGUCUUUGAUCUGUUUCCUGGCCUUCGAUCUCUUGGCUUUCUGCUUGAUCUGUGGGAUACUGUUCAAAACCAGCAUGGUGGCUGGCAUGGUCUGGGUGCUGCUGCCCCCUUUGGCACAGCCACUUGCGUUUGUCGUGGGGAUUCUGUUCCUGCUAACAGAGGAUCCUGAUCUUGGCCGACUCUUUGCCAACCUGGAAAUCCUUGGUAUAUGGAACGCUGCGGUGUCCCUUGUGGUGCUGAUCUGGUUGUUGCUGCUGGACUCCCUGGUGUUUGACAUCCUGGCGAUGGGCAUUGUGAGCUGCGUCAAGGGUACUCUUUUUGCAACGGCCGCAGCUCAAGUGAGCCAGCUGGAAGCAGACCGUGACUUGAGCUCGAUGGACAACCCGCAGAACGAGUUUGUUGAGCGCUUGUUUUCCAUACGUGACGAAGAGGAGGGCCCGCGGCGAUCGCACGCAGAAGAGGUGCGGGGCUCGUCGGCUACAGCGCUGUCUUUCAACUUCAGCACUCUUGACGAGCUCUCGGCGACUCGAGCUUCUGAUAGCCGUCCCUCCAGCCAGUCCAUCAGGUCACUGCACAGCCCCAGGAGCUUCUCAAAGCCACAGGUGCAGAUGCCAUCCCCGUUCUAG